AUGGUUGAAGUAUACUACCACGACAACAACGACACCCCAGACAACUUCACUGAUGCUCACAACUCUGGUGUACCUGUUCCUUUAGAGGAUUUGGCUACGAUUGGGGUUUUCUACAAGAACAUCACCAACUUGGACGACUUGAACAAACUUGCUACUGAAAGACAGUACAGAAACAGAGACGAGGUCAACUUGAACUUGGCUGCUUUCAACAAUGACUUGGAUGCUUACAACAGAAAAAUGCAGCAGUUCUACAAGGAACACUACCACGAAGAUGAAGAAAUCAGAUACAUUGUAGAUGGAGAAGGCUACUUCGAUGUCAGAGACAAGAGCGACAGAUGGAUCAGAACCAAGUUGGUAGCCAACGAUUUGUUGAUAUUGCCUGCAGGGAUUUACCACCGUUUUACCUUGACCAAUGACUUGAAGUACGUCAAGGCUGUAAGAUUGUUUAAAGAUGAACCCAAGUGGGAAGCUAUCAACAGAGAUGCUGGUAAGUUGAGUGAAGCUCGUGAAGAGUAUGUCAAGAGCAUUGCUGUAUAA